AUGCCGUCCUGGAGGGAGCUGUAUUGUCCAAACGUUUUCCGGCGGCGAGCAUUAGAGUUUCGUUUCAAAUUCCUGCAACCUGGAACAACCAGUUUUAUCGACUUCCGAGCCGCACUCGAUCCGGUUAGUCGUUGCCAACUUGAGUAUUGUCAUCCCCCAGAUCUCCCAAAUAUUGUAUCUGAAGCACAAAACCUCAAGGAGUUUGUGUUCCCUUGCAACCACAAGAAUACCCUUUCGGAGGAGUACACAUUGAUUUUCACUGAUGCCGAUGGAAAGUUAGAUUUUGUGAGCUGUGUUUGCCUCCCAACUUCCGGUUAUGUUGUCUGUCUGAGGAGUUGUCCGUCACCGUUUGUGGCUGGAAUACACUCUUGUGCAGUCGAGAAAGCCAAAGAAGUUUUGAACGAAGGAAUACGCCUUGUGGAUCUGGAUAAUGACGUUGUUUAUACCAGCGGCUCAUCCGAACAGCGGUUACCUUCCGCUUUGCGUCAAUGGUUGCUCCGACGUUGCUUCUCCUCGCACCACGCCAUACUACGCCGCAAGCGUCCUACGCAGCAGGCAGCAGCAGCGGCUCUAGUCAGUCCGUUUCUGGAGGCGAUGGCUAUUCUAUUAGGCGGCUAUCGUGAGGCAAUGACCAGGGGGGCCAAGAGUGGCACAUUUACCCACGUAUUAAUACCGUCAAGUUGGACUUUCGAUCCGAAUGCUUUUAUGGCAACCCGCGGUCGUGAAUGUCAGGCUUACCUACGUGAAUUACUUCAAUCACAAAUGUUUCAUCAGUUCAUUGAAUCUCGACUGGCCGAAUUGAAUUCCGAUUUGGGAAUGAUUCAUCAAGAUGAUUUCGAGGAUUGUAUCAGUCGAGUUCCAAGUCACGUACGCUCGAAUUUGUCAGACCUACUUGAACGUGGUCGACGGGGGUUUGGACGCUUGGCGACACGACUUGCAAACGUCAAGAUAAAGCGACGUGAGCAAAAUAAGCUAUCUUCUGAGAGCUCAUCAUCUGAAUCCGAGUUCACAAAAGCACUUGAGCCAACUUCACUUCUCAAGGUUCCUCCAGCCUCUCGGCGUGCUUCGUCACCAAAUCAAACCGUCAUUCAGAAAACUCCUUCUCCAGCAGUUUCCGAUGCUCGACUGAAUAUCUCACCAACCCAGCGAAGCCUCCUAACAUCCAUCCUGGAUGAUGUCUCGGAUGUUUCUGCAGACUGGUUGCGCUCAGGUUCCAGCCCCACCAAAACUGAAACACAACCUCGAUCAAAGCUGGGACCGGAAUCACAACCAGUGAAGUCUGCAUCGAAACCAGCGGCGUUAGUAGAACCUACGACACCUGUAUCUGCUGUCAAGAUUGACAUUUUUCCGGACACUGGUCGGGAUCAUGUGAAUCUUCUGGACGCGUUUGACCCGUAUUGUCCGGAGCGCCAAGUUGCUGAAAAUCCAUCGACAGCUUACGACCCGUUUCGCCCUUCUUGGGGCUCAUCAGGUAGGCGCAGUCCCCGGGUUUCCGUCAACCUUAUGUUCUACUUGAAACCAAAUUGCACGAAAUUAGCGAAUAUACACUCAUCUGCAAACUAA